GCUUUGAUAGUAAGUCAGCCGUGAAUCACCUGAUCACAAAUAUUAGUAUAUAUAUGUAUAUAUAUCGGAAAUUUAUUUUGUCUCUAUGUCGCUAGAUUCUAGAAAAUCCAUUGACACUUCUUGCCACGAAACUAUCGUCUGAUAGCAAUGGACUACCAAAAAUAUUACGAGAAAUACUUGGAAGAUGGCUGCAUCAAAAUCGAAAAUUUCUUGACCCCGGAAGAGGUGGACUCGAUGAAGAGAGGACUGGAGGACCUGGUGGAAAACAUGGGGGAAGAUGUACACGUUCAUUCGGCUUACAGUGAUCCCGAAAAAAAAGAAGAUGAAGAAUACUACAUCAACUCGGCAGAUAAAAUUGCUUACUUCUUUGAAAGCGACGCUUUUGAUUCGGAUGGAAAUAUGAUUGUGGAAAAGAAGAAAGCUUUGAACAAGAUUGCUUACGCCGUUCAUUGGUGGAAUCCCCAGUUUAAGCAGAUCAGUUUCAGCCAAAAAGUUAAAAAUUUAUUGAAAACUUUUGAAUAUAAAGAUCCAGUGAUAUGUCAAAGUAUGCUAAUUUUCAAACAUCCAAAGAUCGGAGAAGUGUUUCGACCUCAUCAAGAUUCCACUUUCCUGUACACCGAACCUCCCAGCUGCAUAGGCUUGUGGAUGCCCCUGGAGGACGCGACCGUCGAAAACGGGUGUCUCUGGUUCCUCCCAGGCUCGCACAAAAGUGGAAAAAUCUACCAACGAUACGAAAGAAAUCCGGAGAAGAAUCCAUUCAUGGUCAUGAGGGGAGAUUUUCCAGAUUUCGAUCAGGACAAGUACCUACCGAUUCCGGCCAAGAAAGGUGACCUCGUUCUGAUUCACGGAUCAGUACUGCACAAAAGUGCGAGAAACAACACGGACAAGCCCCGAAUAGUGUACACUUUCCAUGCUGUUGAAAAGACGAGCAAAUGGAGCGACUUAAAUUGGGUACAAGCAACUGAAAAAUUGCCCUUCCCAUCUAUUUACGAGAACUGAUAAAAUCACAUUAUCGAAUGCAAAAAAAAAAAAAAAAAAAAAAAAAAAAACACUGUUUGUAAAACAAACAAUAUUAUUGCUAUUGUUUGUUGAUUAUGGAGGAAAUUAAAAAAAUAUUCUGGAAAGAUGAGGGGAAAUAAAAAAAAUAAAAAAUAGCUUCGAGAAAAUGUCUUCCAAGAUUUCGUAAAUAAAAA